UCAGUCACCACCUGAAGCUCAGACAUGAGGUUCUCUGCUCUCCUUAUUCUCAUUCUCAACACCUACUGCAUCUUCUCUCAAAUUCCCCAUGAAGCAACCUAUUUUGUGGGCUGCUUUGAGAACGGCACUUCUGCAGUACAGUAUGAUUUUGACGAAGAAGAAGUUUUAUAUGUUGAUUUUCCCAGGAAAGAGAUUGUGUUUACUGUGCCAAACUUCAUCAAUGCUCAUCCAGAUCAGCUGCUAGGAAGGUUUAGUAUCCUUAAAGAUGCUCUAAACAACGAAAAAAUGUGUCAACCCGCAAUGAAGUUGAUUAAAAGUGAAGUUAAACCUUCAUCUGAAGAAAAGGACCCUCCAGACCACAUGAUAUUCCCUUCAAGAGAGGUAGAACCUGAAGAAGAAAACACCCUCAUCUGCUUUGUGAAUUAUUUCUACCCACCUACUGUCAAAGUCAGCUGGACUAAAAAUGGCCUCCCAGCUACAAAGGGGGUGUGGAUCAGUGAAUACUCUCCCAAUAACGACCAAACCUUCCGAAUGUUCUCAACACUGAAGUUCACACCCAGAAAAGGGGACAUUUACUCCUGCACUGUAGAGCAUCCUGCAUUGGAGACUCCGAAAACAAGAAUCUUGGAAAUUGAAUUCAACAAAGCAGAUCCAAGUCUUUGGCCAGUUGUUUACUGUGGAGUCGGUGUGGCUCUUGGCAUUUUGGGAAUCACUGUGGGAGUGUUUUUUAUUGUCAAGGCACAACAUUUAAACUAAUCUUGUUUAUGUUAAAUACUGUCAACACUGAUGGUAGUGUAAGUAAUGCAUUAGUUACAUAUUAAAGUUGUUGAAUAAAUUUUUGCAAUCCACAUCACCUUUAAGCUCCAUAGAGUAUUUCUUUUUUACUUCUUGGCUUUAGCAAAAAGGUAAAGCCCUGUAUAUUGGUGGUGCACUGCUAAAAUAUUCUAUUGGUAAUUUAUCAGUAAAACAUUUAAAAGAUAUUAACAAACUUUUUGUCAUGUGGUACACUCUAUGUGCUGUAUGAUCUAUAUUUUUGUAGAUUAAAAAGACAACAUCAUUAUGGGUUUUUUUUCUUGUUUUUGUGUUAGCUAAUAAACUGAACAUUCAAUCUUUAAAAAA